GCAAACCUCAGAAGAGUGGCAAUUAGCUUUUUGUUUUUGAGAACAAAACUCUUUUCAUUCCCUCCUAUAAAGACUCUAUAGGAUUCUGUUACUUCCAUGCAGGGCUUUUCUCCAACAAAUACACAACCUAUUUCCAGGGUUAGGCAAAAGGCAGAGGGCAAGGAGUGGAGGAUUCAUAUGUGGGCUGGCUCUUGGUCAGACUACUCCAGGAGGAAGUUGCUUCGUCUUCCUUCCCUAGUACAUUAUUGGCAUGAGUUAGAGGCUGACAAACCUGAACGGUGGUAUUUGGGUUUUGUCCCUACUGCCCUGGGGAUAGGCUCCCUGUCUACCUUAGAGUCAUGAAGUUAGGGACUAUUCGUGCAUCUUGAGCUGCUGUGGAGGGUCCAUGCUGUGACUACAUCACUGGCGGCUGAUGAGGGGCGGAGCUUUGUAUCAAAGACUGUACUUGUGCUGUGAAUUCUGCAGGUGGAGGUCAAGAUCCCAAAGGACUUUCCCGGGAGCUGCAGGACAGGCACCUGGAGCACCCCCAGGUGGCUACUACCCUGGACCUCCCCAUGGUGGGGGCCAGUAUGGCAGUGGACUUCCCCCUGGCGGUGGUUACGGAGGUCCUGCCCCCGGAGGGCCCUAUGGAUACCCCAGUGCUGGGGGACUCCCCUCUGGAACUCCCAGCGGACCAUAUGGUGGUGUACCUCCAGGAGGCCCCUACGGUCAGCCACCUCCAAGUUCCUAUGGUGCCCAACAGCCUGGACCUUAUGGACAGGGUGGUGUCCCCCCCAAUGUGGAUCCUGAGGCCUACUCCUGGUUCCAGUCAGUGGAUGCCGAUCACAGUGGCUAUAUCUCCCUCAAGGAGCUGAAGCAGGCCCUGGUCAACUCCAACUGGUCCUCAUUCAACGAUGAGACAUGCCUCAUGAUGAUAAACAUGUUUGACAAGACCAAAUCUGGCCGCAUUGAUGUCGUCGGCUUCUCAGCCCUGUGGAAGUUCCUCCAGCAGUGGAAGAGCCUCUUCCAGCAGUAUGACCGGGACCGCUCUGGAUCCAUUAGCCCCGCAGAGCUGCAGCAAGCUCUGUCCCAGAUGGGCUACAACCUGAGCCCUCAGUUCACCCAGCUCCUGGUUUCUCGUUACUGCCCGCGCUCCGCCGCUCCUGCCAUGCAGCUUGACUGCUUCAUCAAGGUGUGUACCCAGCUGCAGGUGUUGACUGAGGCCUUCCGGGAGAAGGACACUGCUGUACAGGGCAACAUUCGGCUCAGCUUUGAGGACUUCGUCACCAUGACAGCUUCUCGGAUGCUAUGACCCAGCCUACCCAGCGGGAGUGGAGCACACCAAGGGAUAUGGCCUCUCUUCCUUUCCUCCUCUCCUAGCAAAGCCUGACCUAGGAAAGGACUGAAGGUUGAAUACUGUGGGCUGUGGAAUGGCACAGCCUUGGAGCAGGGGAUGCCAGUGGUGGCGGUAGAGUUAGUGUCUGGUCAUCUGUCUUUGGCCUCUGGCUUUCCCACCUAGUCCCUGAUGCCAGCACUAAGUGUUCAUCAGCUGGCUUCUUCUGGCACUACUGUCAUCUCUCACCGAGGCCACCAGGUCAGUGAGCCCAGUUUCUGCAAAGUGGAAUCAGACUGAGCAUGAAGGAGAUUUGCUGGGACCAGUGCCUGGGAUUCCUCAACUCCCACAAUCCUUGUGUGUUAGCCUUAGUUUACCUGAGGCUUUGCCUGCUCAAGAAGCUUGGACAGUCUGCCAUUUCGGCCAUAUCUUAUGAGGUUCCUGCCCUCCAAAACUUGGACUGCUCAUUGGCCUGCCAUGUUCCACUCAGCUUUAGUCCCCAGAGGACAGUUGUUACAUCUCGCUGCCAAUGUUUUUAAUUUGCUUUUUUUUUUUUUUUUU